GAUCCCGCCCCCUGCACUCUCCUCAACUGUGCGUCGCUGGUGGAACUGGGAGGCUAGCAGGGUAGGCGAGGAAACCAUGGCUCAGUACCUGCGGGGGUCACCUGCGGUGGCCUUGAUCCGAAUUUGUAACCCUCCGCUCAACACGCUCAGUGGUAAAACAUUACUGGCUUUACAGCGAGAAGUGAAACAUGCAAUUACAGAUCCCACUGUGAAAGCUGUUGUGAUUUGUGGUGAAAAUGGCAAAUUCAGUGCAGGUGCUGAUAUCAAAGUGUUUUCCAGCCUUGAUUGGGGAAAGAUUCCCAGUCUGGAGUCGGUGGUUGCUUUAAUAGAGAAUAGCGAAAAACCGAUGGUGGCUGCAAUUGAAGGUUUGGCUUUGGGAGGAGGCCUGGAGGUGGCAUUGGGCUGCCAUUACAGGAUUGCACAUGUGCAGGCAUGGGUAGGUUUGCCUGAGGUGACAGUGGGCUUACUUCCUGGUGCUGGUGGGACUCAACGACUUCCCAGACUGACUGGAGUGCCAACUGCACUUGAUAUCAUCACAACAGGAAAGCACAUACAGGCUGCUGAAGCACUGAAACUGGGAAUCAUCGAUGAAAUCGCAGAAGAAAAUACAGUUGAAGUGGCAAUAAGUUUAGCAGAAAAAGUGUCUGAUCAGCCAGUGGGACCUCGCAGACUCUGCUCUAAAGAAAUUCCCAGGCUACCCAACUUGGAAAGCAUCAUUGAAGAGGCACUUGUGAAAGUGAAGAAGCAGGCCCAAGGGUGUAUUGCACCAGAAAUGUGCUUCCGAGCUGUAGAAGCCUCCUUGCAUUUGCCCUUUGAGGAAGGAAUUCGCAAAGAGAGAGAACUCUUUCUUUUCCUGUUGACUUCAGGCCAGGCUAAGGCACUGCAAUAUGCCUUCUUUGCACAGAGAGCCGUGGAGAAGUGGACAUUGCCCAGUGGAGCAUCCUGGAAAACUGCUGCCCCUCAACCAAUCCGGAGGGCUGCUGUGAUAGGCUUGGGAACAAUGGGCCGAGGCAUUGUGGCCUCUCUGGUGAAGGCGAAGAUUCCAGUUGUGGCUUUGGAGCAGGAUAAGAAGCACUUAGAGCUAGGAAGAACAACAGUGAUGGCCCUCUUAGACCGUGAAGCUUUAAGAAUGCAACAGAAUGGCCAAACAUUGGAUGUACAUAAGCCAGGACUGCUUCACUUUACACUGGAUUUUAGUGCCCUGCAAGAUGUAGAUCUGGUUAUUGAGGCUGUGUUUGAAGACAUGCUGCUGAAGAAGGAGAUCUUCCGCAAGUUGUCUACAAUCUGCAAACCCGAAGCCUUUCUGUGUACAAAUACCUCUUGUUUAGAUAUUGAUGAGAUUGCUUCUGUCACUAACCGUCCACACCAGGUCAUUGGCACACAUUUUUUCUCACCAGCUCAUAUGAUGAAAUUGCUAGAGGUCAUCUAUGGUCAGCAUACGUCCCCCACUGCCAUUGCUACUGUGAUGAGUCUAGGCAAAGCUAUGGGAAAAAUUGGGGUUGUAGUAGGGAAUUGUUUUGGGUUUGUUGGGAAUCGAUUGCUGAUUCCUUAUAGUGAGCAAACGUAUUUCCUCAUAGAAGAGGGCAGUACACCUGAAGAAGUAGACAAAGUUCUAAAGGAAUUUGGUUUCAAAAUGGGGCCCUUCCAGGUAUCAGAUCUUGCUGGGCUUGAUGUGGGUUGGAGAUCUAGGAAAGGGCAAGGCCUGACUGGAGACAGCCUGCCUCUUGGCACACCUCCUCGCCAGCGAAAUGGCAGACGAUACAGCCCACUCCCUGAUUUGUUAUGUGAGAAAGGAAGAUACGGACAGAAAACUGGCAAGGGAUGGUACCAAUAUGGUAAGCCCGGUGGAAGAGUCCCAGAGUCAGAUCCAUGGCUUCAUCAUUUUCUUUCUGACUAUAGGAGCACCCAUAAUAUUACAACACGCACUAUAACACAGGAUGAGAUCUUGGAGCGUUGUCUGUAUUCCCUUAUCAAUGAGGGUUUCCAGAUAUUGUCUGAUAGAAUAGCAUCAUGCCCAGAAGCCAUUGAUGUCAUCUAUAUCAAUGGCUAUGGGUGGCCUCGACAUAGGGGUGGCCUUAUGUUUUAUGCCUCUGAGGUUGGUUUAUCUACAGUUCUUGCAAAACUGCAGAAAUAUGCAAAGGCUAAUCCUGACAUACCCACACUACAGCCCAGUCCUCUUCUGAAGAAGCUUGUAGCCUUGGGUAGUCCUCCUGUGAGUGAGUGGUCAUCACUUUUGGGAUCUCAGAACAGUAAACUGUAAUCAGACUGCAAUUCAUGGGUUUAGAUUAGAUAUUCUUAAAGCUAUGGUUCAAUCUACACUGCACUGUAGCACAUUGUAGAACAAUGCCACUCUUUCUUCUGAUUUCAAUGCAAAGUACCAAAUGUGCCUUUCACUAUACCAUUUAUUGAAACGCUGCAUGAAGGAUCUUGCUUGACAGCCCAUUUUCCUAUCUUCUGUAGGUACCUAGACCCUAGAUCCGUGGUCCUUAGCCAAAGAUCUAAGAGUUGCUGAUAAAGUGGAAAGAAAAAAAGUAGAAUUAGAAAACAUAAGUGUUCAUACCUUCUUCUUUCUAAACCUCAUGUGCCCUCUUUCUAAAACAUUUAUGUCCAAACUCAUCAGAUUGUGUCUUCUUCCUGCUUCUUAUGCAGUUAAGGUGAAAAGUACAGGAUCCGCGUCUUUGAGAAGAGUAUUAUUUAGACAUGCUGAACAGCAAGCAUCUUGGGGAUUCUGCAGACACUAAUGGUACUGUUAACAAACACAGCCUUCAAAAAUAGAAGAAUUAUUUUAAACUGUCUGACCUUUGAUGAGGUAACUUAGAGAUCCUUAGAUAACAGAAAUGUCAUCAGAUUACCCGAUUUUUUCAGUAAUUGUUUCUGAAGUCCAAAAAAAACCCCCAAAAUAAAAACCACUGAGAUCCAACCCAAAAAAUAGAAAUAAAGCUAUUUUAAGUAUCCA